AUGAAACUUGUCUAUUCUAAUCAUCAAUCAAUAAUCGGGAUCAUCAAUCAUGAUACAGAUGAACCAUUUCUACAAAUAGAUCAUUAUUAUUAUAUAGAAUCAACAAGAUUCAAUCAAUCAUCUCCAGUGAUAUUUGAUUCUAUGAAGAAAUCGAUUAUUCUAUCUAGACCAUGGACAUUUAUGCCUUUAUUUCCAAUAAUAUAUUAUGGUGAAGCAUUUCGAUUGGUUACAAUAUUUUCACAAGGUACGUGUGAUGAAAUGAUUAUCAUUUUGUAUGUUGUAAUUGAUGUUGGAUCAUCAUAUGAUGGAAGUGGUGGAAUGGAUCUUUGA